AUGGACUGGCUAUCCCGUCGCCGUGUGACAUUGUCUCCGGCACCACCACCGCCACCGCCACCGCCGCCGCCGCCUCCUUCAGGUGCGCCACCGUUGUUCUCCCCUCUGCCGGCCGACCAUGGCGCCGCCCCCUGAGAAAGAAGAUCCAGGUGCCACACCAGUCCUGAGCAGAGAGUAGAGGAGAGUAAGAAGGACGAUACCCGUCGCCCCCACCUUCGGUCUAAAACAGAACGUAGUGGUCUGCAGUGACGGAGCGUGACAUUACCGCCCCCCCGCUGACACCGGGUCUCUUCGGCAUGGAUCGCUGGCUUUUUUAGGGGGUAAACAGUCGGUGCGACCAACUAUCGGUGAUCGUACCCUCCCCAUUUCUUUUCGAUACUUUAACCGAAUUGACAGCUUGAAUUCCCUCCUCGACCGUGUGAGUUACGUGUCAACACCACAGAAAAUCGGAUCGGGUCCCAUAAAUAACCAGCGGAAACCCGGAGGGUCAGUUGUGGGCCCACUGUACAUGUUAGAUUUUAGUGGGCAUCUAGCAUUCCCUUAAUGGGUGUGUUCGGCGGGUAUGGCCCACGUGAAACGAGAAUAUCCAGCCCAGUUGCCCCAAGUGGGUUGGAAAGGGAUUCCGUGGAGGAACGACAGAGCGUAGACUAUUCAAGAGUCAAGCUGCCCUUUGAUUACGUCAUCCUAGGUGCUAUUUGUUACUUCGUCCACAUCUAUAACAAAGCCCUCUCUCUCUCUCUCUCUCUCUCUCUCUCUCUCUCUCUCUCUCUCUCUCUCUCUCUCUCUCUCUCUCUCUCUCUCUAUCGACCUAUCUAUCAUAUUAGAUUUGAGUUCGGCAUAAGUGAAACCUAUUAACUAGAUCUGGCCCCUUUCUACCUUUAUCUCUUCUCUCUCACAAGUUGACAGUAUCACAUCGUUAACCAGCAACCGCCGCAGUAUCAACAUGAUAUCAGAGUAGUUCAGAUGAUGUUGUUCUAUCUCAUUUUUACAAUCAAUCGAGAGGAGAGAAGUUCGAUUUACCCUAUACUUGAAAUAUGUUUUCUUGGUUAUUUUUCUUGAUGACUUCUAGAUGAUUGAUAGUGUUUGAUGCUUUUUGAGUUUUCUUAAGACCAAUCUCAACGUUCCUUACCUCCCUUUCAAUGCUUAAGGUCGAGAUAACGACUUGAUAUGUUAUAAGGAUGAUUUUUUUUUUAGUUUUUCUUUAAAAAAAUCUGUAAUUCUUGAUUUGACCUCAUUUAUCCAUCUAGAAAGCAGAAGCAUAACAUUUUCUAGCAUAUGAUAAGAUCAUUUUAUGUUUGAAGUUAUUUACAUGGUAUCAUCAUCAACACAACUUAUGGAAUGUUUAAAAUGAUAUAUAUAAUUUUUAAUAUAUGGAAUGAAUUUAAAUUAGAUAGAAGAAACUUGCUUCAAUGGAGUGAGUUAAUUGAAGUUAUCUUGUAUAGUAGGAAAAAAAAUGCUUCAUUUAUUUACUUGAAAGCGCCUUAUUUUCCAUAGGAAACGAGAGAGUUGGAUUAUCUUUAAGAAUUCAAGAUGCGACCAUUUGAAUUAAUAGAUCAUUGAUUAUAUGUUUCAAAAGAGUGGUAUAAUGACUCAUAAAGUCAACGAGAAUUACUUAUUUAUUCCUACAGCUAAUAAUAUUUAUGAAAUAAAAAAUAAAACUUAUUAAAAAAUAUUGUGGAGUACAAAUAUAUAGAAUCACUACAAAGGCAAUAACUAUAAAACAAGAGAACAUAUUAGUGAGAGGUUAUGCAAAUGAACUUAAAUUUCUAUGAUAGGAAAUCGAUAGAUAUUGUAAGAGAGUCAGAAAUUUAUGGUAGUGCCACAAAUAAUUGAUAGUUCAUCAUUUAUUAUUCAAUAUAAGGAAAAUAAAGACACCUCAACAAUAUGGUCAAGUGAAUAAGGAUAAUUAUAGGGGCAACUUAUGAUAUAACUAUUAUAACUAAGCAUGACAUAUUAGGAUCAAUAGUAUAAGUUUCAUGGUAGACUCUAACAAGAGGCUAAGUUAUCUCACCACUAUGUCAACUUCUAGGGGAGUGUCAAUAUCAGCAGCAAACACUCUUAUAAUUUUAGAAGACUAGAAUAUUGACAUUGAGAAGUUGAAAUCAAUUAUGACAUUUAGUAUAUUGAGUCAUUCUAGUGAGAAUGUUAAAACCACACAAUUUUUAUCUACUUCAUAGAUUUUAGAUACAUGAGCCAUUGACCAUAUGACUAAUAAUGAUGAUAUCAUAAUAUUUAUGAUAUUUAUGGUAAGACAAUGAACAAGAACAAGAGGAUUAUAUGUGCUUAAAAGUGCAAAGGUCUUGAGUAUCUUAAAACCUCAUGAUAUACCAACACCAUAGAAUCAACCUUCAUCAAGAUGUGGAACUGCCAACCCUACUACACUAAAGGAUUUUUUAUUGUCUCAUUGUGAUCUUUUAAAUCCAUCAUUUUAAAACUUUGAAAACUAUAUUUCUAAAGUUAUUAUUUAAUAUGAAAGUAGAGAAUUUUGAAUGCCUAAGCAUAGAUAGACCUCACUUCCUACAAGUAGUGAACUAAAUUCCAUGAUUUUUAUUUAUUCAUAGUGAUGUUUAGGGACCCUCAUUUACUUUUAUUAUCUUGGGAGCUAGAUAGUCCAUGACCUUCAUAUAUGAUAGCUCGUGACCUACGUAGUUUUCUUUAAUAGAUCAUAAAUAUGAAGCUAGUAAAGUACUUUAAUAAUUUUAUUUAUCAAUUUAAAAAUAAUUUGGAAUAAUAAUUACAAAAUAAAUAAAAUAAUAUAUGAGAUUAUUUUAAUAACAUAAUAACUAUUUUUUUUAAAAAAAGAGUAAUUAUUCAUGAAUCCUCUUGUAGAAUAAUCCACAACAAAAUAGAGUGACUAAAAAGAAAAAUGAUCACAUACUAAAAGUAACAAGAACACUUAUAUUCUAAAAUAAUGUAUCCAAAUAUUUUUAAAGAGAACCAUUCUUAAUAGUCAUUCAUCUUAUAGAUUUUUUAUUGACCCAAGUAUUGGAAUUUAAGAGCCAAUUAUAGGAUUUAUUAUUUUGUCCAUUUAGGGAGUUGAUAAGUUGAAAGUGCCCCUAUUUUGAAUUGGAUAACCCUAGAGGGGCAGAUCCUGUGUAGCCACAUGUUCAAUUGAAAACUAACUUAAUUUAUAAGAUUUUUGAACUUAUGUCAUAUGUCUACAAUCAAAAUCAAGUCAAAAGAUAGUUUGAUUUGUUAGCACUAAAAUGUGCUUUCAUUAGAUACUUGAACAUUAAUAAAAGGUAUAAGUAUUAUCAUACUCUAUAAAAAAACUUUUAAUGAACAUUAAUCUUUCUUUAACACUUAAAUUGUCUCUUGAGAGAGCAAAAAUAUGAGUAAAGGUGAUAAUAGAGAACCAGAACUUGGUGAGACCAGCAUGGAAUUUAAUUGUCUCUACACGGCCCUCUUCUUCUGACCAAAUACUGUGACAAUAAAUUUAAAUUCAUAUUGAUCAAAUACUGUGACAAUAAAUCCAUCAAAAAAUAUUGUGCACAACUCGAUUUAAUAUGAAUUAAUCAAAUACAUUGAGAUCAAUAAACACUUCAUCAAAGAGAAGUUCAAUAUUGACAUCAUCUAUACACGAUACUUCUUAACUCAUAAGCAAUUAACAUAUUCUCAUCAAAAUAUUAGAUGUACAAUGUUUUCCAUAUGCUCACCUAUAAAUUGGGAUGGAAUGACAUCGAUUCACCAAUUUCAGGAAGAAUGUCUAAGAACUAUAUGACAUUUGUACUAAAAUUGUUCACUAUUUAGAUAUAUGUUUAAUUUAUUCUUAUUUAAGUACUUUCUUCAUUCGUGGGUGUGUUGGAUCAGUGUUUAUCAUAAAUAAAACCUCGAAUCAACCUACUAUGAUGAAUUUGGUAUAAAUAUAUUAUCUAUUUCGUCAUUUAAUUAAUCAUAGAAAUUUGGCCUUCUUUUCUCUCUCCUCUCUCAAGAGCCUUCUCUACCGACUAGUGACCACGGCGACAUGAACAAGACUCAAUAAUCCCGUGUCCUCCAUAGGCUUAUCUCUCGUUGACGACCCAAUCACUUAGAUACCCCCUAAUUAGAAGUCAAUUCACGAUAUUAAAUAUGUUUCUUGUAUUAUAUAAAAUUAUGUAUUCGGGUAUUUUCUACUCAUAAUACAAUAUAUUGAUCUUAAUGCAAAAGAUUAAAGCACAAUAAAAUUAUUUUCCAAUAGUAAUUUUAACUAAUUAUAAUAAAUUAUCUUCGUCGAAGUAGAAAAUAAGAAACUCGAUCAAACCCAAGAGCGGUCUCCAAGAUAGGCUCUAAACUUGGUUUGGACCGGGUACGAAGCCCAUUCCGGCUCAAAAUCUAAGAGAUAGAAAGAGAGAGAUGAUACCCAGAAACGGGAUUUUAUUUAGGAGCGUAAAUGUGGCCUGGAACUCUCCUAGGUGGGUUAGAAUUUAAGAGGGAGCUCUCAGCGUUGCUGAGGGGUGCCGAUUCCAUGGUCGCCGCCGCCGCCGCCGCCGCCGCCGCCGCCGUCGCCUCCGCCGCCGCCGCCGCCGCCGUCGCCUCCGCCGCCUCCGCCGCCGCUGUCGUCACCGCCGCCGCCGUCGCCUCCGCUCCCUCCGCCGCCGCCGCCGCUGUCGUCACCGCCGCCGCUGCCACCGCCGCCGCCGCCGAUGUGGGGGUCGUGCCGUCUGUUAGCCGACGGAUCAGCGUAG